GCGUGUGUCACGUGGUCAGGAUCCGGCUGAACCCGUCACAUCGUGACAAUGGCUGCUCCGGUGAAGAAGCGUGAUAUUCAAAGAAAUACGGAAGACAGGAGUAGCGACGACGAUGAUCUCAAUUCGUCUAACAGCGAAGAGAAUGAGCAUGAAACAGUGGCCGAGCAGGGAAUGGAAAUACAAGUGGACUUCGAGGGAAGAAAUCCAUUAGACCCGGACUAUCAUGGAAUUAAGACGCUUUUACAGCAACUAUUUCUGAAAGCACAUAUCGAUUUGGGUGGACUCACGGACUUAAUAAUAUCCCAGAACUAUGUAGGCUCUGUCGUCAAGCAAUCCGACGACGUAGAAGACUCCGACGACGAGGAGAACGAUAUUAACGGUGUUUUUGGUGUUACCACGAUAAUUAAUUUGUCCAGUGGACAGAAUCAUCUCUGCGUUCAACAACUCAGGGAGCUAUUGACGCAGCUAGCCAACGAACACGCGACGGAUGCAACCAAUGCCAUGAUAAAGCAAGUCCUGGAGAACGACUCCGAAGCUCUAGGCUUAUUAAUCAACGAAAGAUUCGUGAACAUUCCAGCACAAAUCUCCGUGCCGCUUUUAGAAAACUUAACGUCCGAGAUUAAGAGAGCGGCCAGCAAAAGAAUGCCAUUUAGUUUCGCUUAUUACGUACUGAUUUGCAAGCUGUACAAAACGGAGGAUCAAAAGGUCGGCAAGAAAUCGAAAAGCAAAAAGAAAGACGGCACGGAGGAGCCUUCGAUACUAUGGAGCAACCCCGAGGAGGAGAUUUUCGCGGAAGAGGCUACUUUCAGCUUCGAGUUCUCCGUAGAAAAGGACUCGGACAGUGGUUUAUCGGGCACGUGGACCGAAACGGACAAUGAAAUGAUUCCUUACAGAAGGGUGCUUCUGUUCGAGGCGGACAAGCUCCAACAGAUCAUCGACAAAAUCAAAGUGCACGUGUCCUUUUUAUAAAAAUAAACCUAAACACUCGACUCGAGGGACUAACAAUGAUUCGUACUCCUACAAAAUCCUUUCUUCGGUAUACUCAAGGAAGGUGGACGCUUCACAGGAAUAACAUCUGCGAUAUCUUUUGUACAAUGAACUGUAUCGUACAUAUACAGUACAUGUAACCAGCUUUUUACAAUACACCUUUUUUCACAACGCUUA